CUUCAAACGCUUAAUAAAGUUAGAAAAUCUCAGGUUAACCAUGUAGUUAAAUCUGCUGAUCAAUAUUCACAUCGAGCACUUGAAAGACAUGCAAAAAGAUUUGCAAUAAUAGAUGAUCUGGUACAAAAAAGAGCUAAAAUUUUAAAUAUAGUUAAUAUUAUAGAUUCAAAUUAUAUUUCACAUGAUGCUUAUAAAAAUUUGGCAGCAAUAAAUGAUUAUCUACCACGUGAACAUAUUAUUGCAAGUGAACAAAAUAACCUAACUCAAGAAAUGUCUAAAGACAUUUCUAUUAAACUUAUUAAUAUAAAUACAAUGAUGAUAGAUGAAUAUCCUAAACAUAUAGAUGAAGAAUUUGAUAAUAUAGACAAUGAAUCUAAUAAUUUAGCUCCUAAUAACAUUAUAGAUUUCAUAAAUAUAG